CGAUCCCCCUCCGAAGGCCCCAAGGACACAUUACGCACAACGCAACAAUUCCAAUUCCACUCAAUUGUGAGCCAAGCUAGAGAAAAGUUACAAAAAAAAAGCAAGUUAUACAUGUUUUACCUAUCUUAAAUAUAUAUGAAUAAACUAGAGAUAUUAUUUGGUUGUUAGUAGAACUCAACGUCAAGUGCAUAUUGUUAGCCCUCGUAUAUCCAAGUGCUGUGCGACGAACGAUUAGUAAAGUGUGUCAUAUGAGCAUUUUGAACAAGCCAAAAUGUUAAUCUAAGCAAAAAGCCGUAAUUAAGUCUCCGAGUCGAUCAAUAACUGUUUCUACUUCGAAUAUUACUAUUACAAUCACCUUUUUUGCAUUUCGUGUUGCAUCGGAAAAACUUGAGCAAAAUUGCUGCUGGCGAAGGUCCGGUCGGAACGGUAAAAACUUUGGUCGCCCAAAUAUAUAUCGUAUCUUUCGGUUGAAAAACAACAAGAAGACUUCAAUACUCCAAAACUAACAAGGAAUAAGGGAACAGAAAGCGAUUACAACGCCUUUUAAUUCACAUACCGAAUGGCGCUUUCGUUUCUAUCGCAAAACUCCGGUCUGUUGGAUUUACAAAGCAUAUUUGAUCCACAAUAUUCUCAUCAUCAACAACAACAACAACAACUACAACAUUUGAGCCACCACCCCCAACAUCAUAUUCAACAAAAUCAACAACAAAAUCAAAACCAACAACAACAAGCGGAACAAAUUUUACAACAUCAACAAUCGCGCAUCCUUUCAACAAAGUUCGAUUUGAACCUAUUCAACGAAUUCGACCAAAUGGAAUUCAACAAUAAUUUAAAUCGCAAUCAAUAUCAAACCAACAACAAUAAUAAUAAUAUCAACAACAAUCAGAAUCAUAACUCCAACACCAACACUAAUAACAGUGUGAGUGAAAAUCUAAAUCAGAUCCAGAACCGCCACUUCAUCAGCGGCUACCACCAUCAGCAUAUUGGGUCGGAUUAUGAGCAAGUGAUCAACUUUGUUGACUCGCCGCCAAACUCCGAGGAAUCGUGGACAGAGACCAGCUCUUUAAUCGAACAAAUCACCAUUGUCGUAGACGCCCAAUCGAAGGACUCGCCGGGACCGCAGAUCAUCGACGUGCAAACCAUUUACCUGAACGGCGGCUCACGCAAAAGACGAAUGGAUUGGGAUUCCCUGGACAUUGGCCAAAGUGAGAACUCACCAACAGCAUCGCAAAGUGGCGAGCUGCCCACGAAAGUGGCCCACCAGGAGAAGGAUAAACACAAGCGGGAGAAGAACUCGGGUCGCAGCAGCUGGAGCGAUGAUAUUGGCUUUGAUCUGAAUGCUGAGUUCAACAGCAACUCGUACUUGAACAAUGAGAACUUCCUGUCGUUCUCGCCAUCGCUGACCACCCUGAAACAGGAGCCGCAAACGGAUCAGAUUAAGGCCAGUCCCAAGAUAUCGUUGGACAAUGCCGUCGGUUCUCCGUCGGUGGCCAUUGCCAAGCUGGAUGAGUCCCAGAACUCUCCGCAGCAGGCUAAUCCUGGGCAGGACUCAACACCGGGCACUGGUCCAACCAUUGGCAAUGGCAAGCACGAUGUGAACUCGGGUCUCAUCUGCGGCUGUGGUUCCCCGCAGGGCUCCCCCUUGGCCAGCAGCGAGUAUGAGGUGAACGAGAAGGGUGCCAAGGUUCAUCCACAGCAGCAGCAGCUCAGCGUUUUGGAUCCGGCCAAGAUUGAGCUUGUUUCGGCCAAUGGAGGUACCCACUCCGAGGAUCAUAAAUUCCAGUACAUUUUGGCUGCGGCCACUUCGAUUGCCACUAAGAAUAAUGAGGAGACCCUGACGUAUCUUAACCAGGGCCAGAGCUAUGAGAUCAAGCUGAAGAAGAUCGGCGAUCUGUCCCUCUACAGGGAUAAGAUAUUGAAGAGCGUGAUCAAGAUCUGUUUCCAUGAGCGCCGCCUCCAGUUCAUGGAGCGCGAACAGAUGCAGCAAUGGCAGCAAUCCCGCCCAGGCGAACGCAUCAUUGAGGUGGACGUACCGCUAUCGUAUGGCCUGUGCCACGUGUCACAGCCACUCAGCUCCAACUCGCUGAACACUGUCGAGAUCUUCUGGGAUCCCCUGAAGGAGGUCGGCGUCUACAUCAAGGUCAAUUGCAUUUCAACCGAAUUUACCCCAAAGAAGCACGGCGGCGAGAAGGGUGUGCCCUUCCGACUGCAGAUUGAAACCUAUAUAGAAAACACAAAUAGCACCAAUACCGGCUCUGGUCUAGGAUCUGCUGGCAGUAGCAACAACAACGCUGCCAGCAACGGUGGCAGUGGUAACACCAGCAACGGCAGUGGCACAACCGGUGGCACCACAGCUCCAGCAUCGCCGGAACGGUCGCCCAAUGGCGGUGGACAGGCCAAGCAGGCGGUCCAUGCCGCUGCAUGCCAGAUUAAGGUUUUUAAGUUAAAGGGCGCCGAUCGCAAGCACAAGCAGGAUCGUGAGAAGAUCCAAAAGCGUCCGCAAUCGGAGCAGGAAAAGUUCCAGCCCAGCUACGAGUGUACCAUCAUGAAUGACAUAUCCCUGGAUCUGGUGAUGCCAGCCACUACCACUGGCUGCUACAGUCCCGAAUAUAUGAAACUCUGGCCCAAUUCGCCCGUGCAUAUACCCAAGUACGAUGGGAUACUUCCGUUUGCCCCAAGUGCAGCAUCGCCGGCCACCAGCAGCAGCAGUCCCAUUGCCAUCAACUCGGUGACGUCCACCAACUCACCGACUCUGAAGCUAAUGGACACCACCAAUAUGGUAUCGCCGCAGCAUAUUCCCGCUGACAUGGAUGAUUAUAAUCAGAACAUAAUGCCGGAAUCGACGCCCGCGCAGGUGACACAGUGGCUGACCAAUCAUCGCCUCACGACCUAUCUAUCAACUUUCGCACAUUUCUCGGGAGCGGAUAUUAUGCGCAUGUCCAAGGAGGAUUUGAUACAAAUCUGCGGCCUGGCCGAUGGCAUUCGCAUGUUCAACAUUUUGCGCGCCAAGACCAUUGCACCUAGGCUUACGUUGUACGCCAGUUUGGAUGGCUGCAGCUACAAUGCCAUCUACUUGCUAUCGAACACGGCCAAGGAACUGCAGCAGAAGCUGUUCAAGAUGCCCGGUUUCUAUGAGUUUAUGGCCAAGGCCAGUGCCCAGGAGAAUGGAGGAGGCGGAGCUGCCGCAGCAGCUGCCCUGUACAACAACUGGAGCAUGCACUCGAAGUACUCGGGCAGCGGCUCGAACAUCUUCAAUGAUGCCAACAAGAGUUGUGUGUAUAUUUCGGGGCCAUCGGGCAUUUUGGUCAGCGUCACCGACGAGGUUCUCAACAACGAGAUCAAGGACGGCAGCCUCUACGCCAUGGAGGUGCAGGCCGGCAAGGUGAUCCUCAAGCUGAUCAACAAGCAGGACAACAAUUGAGCGUUUUAAUUGAUACCCCCGUAGAGACCACAAUCAAGUAUAGUUUUUAGCAUUUACACGCAAUGCGAAACAUAGUUUUCUAUAUAAGCUUCAAUGUGUACGAGAUAUUUCGCGCAGCAAUUUUGAACAAGUAACAACAAACAAGCGACCCGAAACCCUUAUCCCCAACGCAAAAUUUUCGUUAAAGAACUAGUGCAAAAUAUUUAAGUUUUUUGUUUUUCAGUACUCACUUUUAGUUUUAUUCUACUUUACAUUGUAUUUUAUACCACCUACGAUAUGCACAUUUAAAUUUCCGAUGCGAUUGCAUUUCGAUUCGUUCUUUUAUCUACUUUUAAUUUUUCUUCUUUUAUUUCUAUGGCGUAUGCUUACCACAUACAUAUAUAACACUUAUACAUUUGUUUGUAGAACCCCAAUCGAUACAUCAGUUAUUUUGAAGUAGAAAGAAAAAAACGCAAAAAAAAGGAAAAAUUAUUUUACUAUAAUGAUUAUUAUUAUUAUUAUCUUGAAGUACAGUACCACGAAUACAAGAAUUGAGCAAUUGUUUCGAAGCAGAGUUCAACUAGCAACCAAACAACAACUUUUGUAUGUGAUAGAAGCAAUAAAGUGUUAUCCACAAGUGGACUGUCAAAAAAACCA